CCCGUCACGUGACGGCGGCGCUGCGCUCACCAUGGCGGAGGUGGCGGCCGCUCCCGCUGCGCCCGCGAUCCGGAGCCCCCGGCGCUGAGCCGGAGCCGCGCCGAGCCCGCGGCAGGACCCGUCUGUUCCCCCUCCCUCCCCUCCGUCCGCCAUGUCCGAGCCGGUGGCCGCGGGCGUCUCCUCGCUGCCCCGCGAGGUCCGUGAGCAGCUGGCCGAGCUGGAGCUGGAGCUCUCGGAAGGGGACAUCACGCAAAAGGGGUAUGAGAAGAAGAGAGCGAAGCUGCUGGCUCCCUAUGUUCCGCAGCCACAAGGGGUGGAUCCAGCGCCGCAGAAGGAAUCCAGAACUCCGAUGCCUGUUCCUGCUGCAGCUCCAGCCUCAGCGUCCUCCUCAUCCUCCUCCAAGUUUCACCGAGCCCGCUCAGGGGGAGCCCGAGAUGAACGUUACCGAUCAGAUAUCCACACGGAGGCGGUUCAGGCGGCGCUGGCCAAGCACAAGGAGCAGAAGAUGGCCCUGCCCAUGCCAACCAAGCGACGCUCCACGUUCGUUCAGUCUCCCGCGGACGCCUGCACCCCCCCAGACACGUCUUCCGCAUCCGAGGACGAGGGCUCGCUAAGGCGCCAGGCUGCUCUUUCUGCUGCAUUGCAUCAGAGCUUACAGAAUGCUGAGUCUUGGAUCAACCGAUCUAUUCAGGGGUCAUCCACAUCCUCAUCAGCAUCUUCUACACUUUCCCAUGGAGAAGGCAAAGGGACCAGUGGGUCACUAGCUGAUGUAUUUGCCAAUACUCGAAUAGAAAAUGUCUCCGUUCCCCCCGAUGUCACAGCAACUACCUCCUGUUCCUCGGCGCGCCCGGCAGCCAUCGACCUCCCUCCGGCGGGGAUCGUCAAGGGCAUGCACAAGGGAUCCAACCGCUCCAGCCUCAUGGACACCGCUGACGGUGUUCCCGUGAGCAGUCGAGUCUCCACGAAAAUUCAGCAGUUGCUUAACACCUUGAAAAGACCUAAAAGGCCACCCCUGAAAGAAUUUUUUGUGGAUGAUUUUGAAGAAAUUGUGGAAGUUCCGCAGCCUGACCCCAAUCAGCCCAAGCCAGAGGGCCGUCAGAUGAUGCCGGUGAAGGGGGAACCCCUGGGAGUUGUUUGUAACUGGCCUCCUGCCUUAGAAGCAGCUCUGCAGCGCUGGGGAACCACGCAGGCGAAGUGCCCCUGUCUGACAGCACUGGAUGUUACGGGAAAACCAGUUUAUACCCUCACAUAUGGCAAACUGUGGAGCAGAAGUCUCAAGCUGGCCUACACGCUGCUUAAUAAACUGGGGACCAAAAAUGAACCUGUGUUAAAACCUGGAGAUAGGGUAGCCCUCGUUUAUCCCAACAAUGACCCGGUCAUGUUCAUGGUGGCGUUUUACGGCUGUCUCCUGGCAGAAGUCAUACCAGUGCCUAUCGAGGUACCUCUUACCAGAAAGGACGCCGGUGGGCAGCAGAUCGGCUUUCUGCUGGGAAGCUGUGGCAUUGCUUUGGCCCUCACCACUGAAGUUUGCCUGAAAGGGCUCCCAAAAACCCAAAACGGAGAAAUCGUGCAAUUUAAAGGUUGGCCCAGACUCAAAUGGGUUGUGACAGAUUCAAAAUAUCUCUCCAAAUCUCCCAAGGACUGGCAGCCCAACAUCUCAGCUGCGGGAACUGAGCCAGCGUAUAUUGAGUACAAGACGAGCAAAGAGGGCAGCGUGAUGGGCGUCACGGUGUCACGGGUGGCCAUGCUGUCCCACUGCCAAGCCUUGUCCCAAGCCUGCAACUAUUCUGAAGGUGAAACGAUAGUGAAUGUCUUGGAUUUUAAGAAGGAUGCGGGGUUGUGGCAUGGCAUUCUGACGAAUGUAAUGAACAAACUGCACACGAUCAGUGUGCCCUACUCGGUGAUGAAAACCUGCCCGCUCUCCUGGGUGCAGAGAGUUCAUGCCCACAAAGCAAAAGUCGCUUUAGUCAAGUGUCGAGACUUGCACUGGGCCAUGAUGGCCCAUCGAGACCAAAGAGACGUCAGUUUGAGCUCCCUGCGCAUGCUGAUCGUAACCGAUGGUGCAAAUCCUUGGUCCGUGUCCUCAUGCGAUGCCUUCCUGAGCUUGUUUCAGAGCCAUGGGCUGAAACCAGAGGCCAUUUGUCCCUGCGCCACAUCUCCAGAAGCGAUGACUAUUGCCAUACGGAGGCCUGGGGUCCCCGGGGCAUCUUUGCCUGGCAGAGCCAUCCUGUCCAUGAACGGGCUGAGUUUUGGUGUGAUUCGCGUCAACACUGAAGAUAAAAACUCUGCUCUUACCGUCCAGGAUGUCGGGCACGUAAUGCCAGGAGGGAUGAUGUGCAUAGUGAAACCUGACGGGCCACCGCAGCUCUGCAAAACAGACGAGAUCGGGGAAAUCUGCGUUAGCUCCAGAGCAGGGGGAAUGAUGUAUUAUGGGCUGGCGGGGGUGACCAAGAACACAUUUGAGGUCAUCCCGGUGAACGCCGCGGGCUCUCCGGUGGGCGACGUGCCGUUCGUCCGCUCCGGCUUGCUGGGCUUUGUUGGACCUGGCAGUUUGGUGUUUGUGGUUGGGAAAAUGGACGGACUGCUGAUGGUUAGUGGCCGCAGACACAAUGCCGACGACAUUGUAGCAACCGGAUUGGCAGUAGAAUCCAUAAAAACAGUUUACAGAGGAAGGAUCGCUGUGUUUUCCGUGUCUGUCUUCUACGACGAGAGGAUCGUGGUGGUCGCGGAGCAGCGGCCGGACGCGUCUGAGGAGGACAGUUUCCAGUGGAUGAGCCGCGUGCUGCAGGCCAUUGACAGCAUUCACCAAGUGGGUGUAUAUUGCCUCGCCCUGGUGCCAGCCAACACCUUGCCAAAAACUCCGCUGGGAGGGAUCCACAUCUCUCAGACCAAACAGCACUUUCUGGAGGGCUCUCUGCAUCCCUGCAACAUCCUCAUGUGCCCGCACACGUGUGUGACGAACUUGCCAAAACCCAGGCAGAAACAACCAGGCGUUGGCCCUGCCUCUGUGAUGGUGGGGAACCUGGUUGCUGGGAAGCGCAUUGCUCAAGCCUCUGGAAGAGACCUUGGUCAAAUAGAAGACAACGAUUUAGUUAAAAAGCACCAGUUCCUGACAGAGGUGUUACAGUGGAGAGCUCAAGCAACUCCUGACCACCCGCUCUUCCUUUUAUUAAAUGCCAAGGGAACCACUGUGUGCACAGCCACCUGCCUUCAGCUGCACAAAAAAGCCGAGAGGAUUGCGUCAGUUCUCUGUGACAAAGGACAUCUCAACGCGGGAGACAAUGUGGUGCUUCUUUAUCCUCCUGGCAUUGAGCUCAUCACCGCGUUCUAUGGCUGCUUGUACGCUGGCUGCAUCCCCGUGACCGUGCGACCGCCCCACGCUCAGAGCCUCACAGCUACGCUGCCCACUGUGCGAAUGAUCGUGGAAGUCAGCAAAGCUGCCUGUAUCCUCACAACGCAGACCUUGAUGAGACUGCUGCGGUCCAGGGAGGCGGCCGCUGCCGUGGACGUGAAGACCUGGCCAACCAUCAUCGACACAGAUGACUUGCCCAGGAAGCGGCUGGCUCAGAUCUAUAAGCCCCCUACACCUGAAAUGUUGGCAUAUCUAGAUUUCAGUGUUUCCACAACAGGCAUGCUCACAGGAGUCAAGAUGUCCCACGCGGCGGUGAGCGGCCUGUGCAGGGCGAUCAAGCUGCAGUGCGAGCUCUACUCCUCGCGGCAGAUCGCCAUCUGUCUCGACCCCUAUUGUGGCCUGGGUUUUGUGCUCUGGUGCCUUUGCAGUGUGUAUUCUGGACACCAGUCAAUUUUAAUUCCUCCUAUGGAGCUGGAAUCCAACCUUUUUCUCUGGUUAUCUACUGUCAGCCAGUACAAAAUAAGGGACACUUUCUGUUCCUAUUCAGUCAUGGAACUGUGCACAAAGGGACUUGGAAACCAAGUUGAAAUAUUAAAGGCACGAGGAAUCAACCUGUCCUGCGUCCGCACCUGCGUGGUGGUUGCGGAGGAGCGGCCGCGCGUUUCCCUCACUCAUUCCUUCUCCAAGCUCUUCAAAGACAUCGGCCUGUCCUCCCGCGCCGUCAGCACCACCUUCGGCUCAAGAGUCAACGUCGCCAUCUGUUUGCAGGGAACGUCUGGGCCUGACCCCACCACGGUCUACGUCGAUCUGAAGUCCUUGAGACAUGACAGAGUGCGGCUGGUGGAAAGAGGAGCUCCGCAAAGCCUUCUGCUUUCCGAAUCGGGGAAGAUCCUACCUGGAGUCAAGGUGGUCAUUGUUAAUCCCGAGACCAAAGGGCCUCUUGGAGAUUCUCAUCUCGGGGAGAUCUGGGUGAACAGUCCGCACACGGCCAGCGGCUACUACACCAUCUACGACAACGAAACCCUCCAGGCCGAUCAUUUCAACACGCGGCUGAGCUUCGGCGACGCGGCGCAGACGCUCUGGGCUCGGACCGGGUACCUCGGCUUUGUCCGGCGGACGGAGCUCACGGCCGCCAGCGGAGAGCGCCACGACGCGCUGUACGUUGUGGGAGCCCUGGAUGAAACCCUGGAGCUGAGGGGCCUGCGCUACCACCCCAUCGACAUCGAGACGUCCGUGUCGCGGACGCACAGGAGCAUCGCCGAAUGCGCCGUGUUCACCUGGACCAACCUGCUGGUGGUGGUGGUGGAGCUGUGCGGCUGCGAGCAGGAGGCGCUGGACCUGGUUCCGCUGGUGACCAACGUGGUGCUGGAGGAGCACUACCUGAUCGUGGGGGUGGUGGUGGUGGUGGAUCCCGGCGUCAUCCCCAUCAACUCCAGGGGGGAGAAGCAGCGCAUGCACCUGCGCGACAGUUUCCUGGCCGAUCAGUUGGACCCCAUCUACGUCGCCUACAACAUGUAACGUCCGUGGGGAGCCACAGGGGGAGCUGCGGGACCACCGAGCGCCCCGGGGCGGCUGUAGAAACCAAGCUGGUGAAUACUAAUACUUGAGCUCGCUGCCACAUUCCCUUCAUCUCACCCUGUGGUGUUAAGAUCUCGUUAACUACCGACGGACACGAGGAAAUGUGGUAGACAAUGGCAAACAUUGGUAACAGUUUACUGAAAUAUUAGCUUUAUAGAAAACGCAAAGUUGACAAGUGUGUGAGCUACAAAACUCCUAAGGCCUUUACAGUAGUGUUACUUUUUUCAUCUGUUGUACAUAUUUGUAUUUUUAUCUAAUCCUGGUUUAGGAUUCUAUAAGGGGAGGGUUUAUUUAGGUAAGAUAAUAAACUAUUAAGAAAAGGGUCAUCAGAGUUCUGCAGUUCCCUGCUAUCUAAUGUACUUUGCAGCUGUUCAUUCCACGGGAUCACACGGCUUAUUUAAAACUGUACCAUGACCAAAUCAAUAACUUACGGAAUCUAAGAGUUACUUAUUCAUAUAGAUAUUUCUUGAAUUUAAAAAGAAUUUUGCCUAUAUUUUAAAUAUGUAAAUAUUAUUAUACAUAAUUCACUUAGAUAGAAGAUUAACUUGGAUAACGAUGACAGCUGAAGGUAGAAAUUUUUAAGGACUUUAAGUAACUUUUGUGGUCCUGAGCCUAAUUACGUUUGGUUAGAAAAACUAACGUGAGAUACACGCAUCUUCCACCAGGUUUCUUAUUUCCGUAUGUCAUCUUUUCUCGCGGUCACAAACGUGUCGCAGCGCGUAGCAACCUCUGCUUUUUCAUUUCUAAAACAUGCGGAAUUGAAACGUUACCACGGAAUUGGGUAGAAAUCGCAGUGUGAGUCCAAAAUACUGAGCUGAGCGGCAGCGACAGCCUAACCCUAACUCUAACCCUGACCUUAAUCCUGACCCUAACCCUAAUCCUAACCCUGACCCUAACCCUAACCUGACCCCGACCCUGACCCUGACCCUAACCCCGACCCUAACCCUGACCUUAACGCCGACCCUGACCCUAACCCUGACCUUAACCCUGACCCUGACCCUAACCUGACCUUAACCCCGACCCUGACCUUAACCCCGACCCUGACCUUAACCCCGACCCUGACCUUAACCCCAACCCUGACCCUAACCCUGACCUUAACCCCAACCCUGACCCUAACCCUGACCUUAACCCCGACCCUGACCCUAACCUGACCUUAACCCCGACCCUGACCUUAACCCCGACCCUGACCCUAACCCUGACCCUAACCUGACCCUAACCCCGACCCUGACCCUGACCUGACCCUAACCCCGACCGUGACCCUAAUCUGACCCUAACCCUGACCUUAACCCCGACCCUGACCCUAACCUGACCCUAACCCCAACCCUGACCUUAACCCUGACCCUGACCCUGACCUGACCCCAACCCCGACCCCGACCCUAACCUGACCCUGAGCUCUGUCCCACCUGGGCCUUGAAGGCAAAACAAAACCCUUUGGAUGGACACCCGGUUACAUUCACUGUUUGGAAUAACGACCAAAUUCCCCCUCGGUAGAGCAAGAAAUGGUGUAAUUGGGCUUUAAACUGGGCGGCAACAGCCCAGGUUGCAUUCAGGACAAAGAAUUAGAUCAUUCUGGGCUUUACGUGGAAUGAAACUUUUCUUUUGUAGGAGGAAGCGCAAAAAAUGAGACAGAGCAGUUCUGGUAAGCACAUCGAUAAAUACCUGUGAAAAUGAAUAACCCGCCUUCAAAAUAAGCUCUGACUCCCGAUUACCUGUAUUUCACCCACACACUUUUUAAGAACAAUUAAAUUCCUAUGGAUGCUAAGAAAAUGUUUUGGAAGCAACAAGAGCCGAGACCAGACGCCGCAACAGGUUUGAGUUAAAACGCUCCACGUUACCUCAUAUAGUUUGUAGGCACUUUGUAAAGGUUCGUGAGCUGAACUGCGGAGCCCCCGUGGAGCAGAACCUGGUGUAUCCAUCCCUGGUUUGUCCUUGCAAUCCUCCCGCCUUCUGUUAGUUUAUUUUGCUGAAAAACAGGAAAAAACUUGUGAACGAUAUUUUGGAAGAAUUUGGGAAUAGAUGGAGAAACUGGGGGUUCUUAUGGCAAGUCUGGAUUUAAGGGCUCUCUGCAAAUUCUUCAAUUAGAGGGGCACGUUCUGUCCCUGCCGCAGCCACCGUGGGUGCGACCGCAGGGGGUUGUUCUGGCCACAGCCCAAACACCAUCUGCUUUAUUAAUAUGUGUCCUGAAGUCUGUAAUAUCUUUAGUUUUAACACACUGGCCGCGGGGAGCUGUGACUGCCGCUGUGCAGCUGGUACCACAACUUAUUUUGGGUGGAAAGCCCGCAGAAUUCUCCCAUCUCCGCCAGCAGAGUCUUGUGAUCCCUCGUUGCACGUCACUUUAGUUUGGGUUUUCUUGCACGCAAAGUGCAGCUUCAUUGUGCCCAUUUCGGAAAAGAUUCUGAUGGUCUUGACCUUUUUCUUACUCAAGACUUUAAAUAAUUGUUAUGACAAAGAAUUAUUUGUCCAUUGGAGUGGAUUUUAAGUCCAAUUCUAGGAUUGUCUUUUUUUCCUGGCAGAUGCAUGCGUGAGUUGGAUGGAGGCGGGUUUCUGAAAUGGCAUUUUUGAGUGACAUUGGAUUCUUCCGUGGGGUUUUUUCCCCUCGUUUAUUCUUUGGCCGGGUAUUGAUCAUUCCUUGCGGUUUGGGUUUAUCUCCCAAGUUUACCGUGUGCUCUUUACUCUGGUGUGUCGCGUUCUCCGUGUCACAGAACUGGUCCUGCCCAUGGGACGAGAUAACAUUCCAUUGCUGGCGGUCAGUAAGUGACACGGUCAGUAAGUGACACGGUCAGCAAGUGACACGGUCAGUAAGUGACACGGAGCAGCUGCCCCCGUUCUAAUUCAUCAGCACCGCGAGCAGCCCCGGAGAGAAGCAACAGCAGAGCUGCGAGUCUGCAGGUCCUGAUUGUCACCCCAUUUCCCGGCCAUGUCCCUCCUUCCUCUGUCAAUGACACAAAAUCCCCCAACGAGGUAACGAACCGCACAGCACCACGCACUCAAAUGUAUUUUUCUCCUUGGAAAUUGGGGGCAGUUUGUGCCUCCGCCCUGCUGGACGGUGACGUGGUGUCGCGGGCAGGGACCGUUUUGCUUUAGGACGGUUUCUUGUUUGCAAACUGGGAUAAACCCCAGAAAAUUGCCACGGAUGGCGCGUGUUGGGGUUCGGAGUCGGAUGCUGCUCCUGAAUCCAGUUCAGACUUGGGUGCUGCUCCCAAAUCCAGUUUAGACUCGGGUGCUGCUCCCGAAUCCAGUUUGGACUUGGGUGCUGCUCCCAAAUCCAGUUCGGACUCAGGUGCUGCUCCCAAAUCCACUUCAGACUUGGGUGCUGCUCCCAAAUCCAGUUCGGACUCGGGUGCUCCUCCCAAAUCCAGUUUGGACUCGGGUGCUCCUCCCAAAUCCAGUUUGGACUCGGGUGCUGCUCCCAAAUCCAGUUCGGACUCGUGUGCUCCUCCCAAAUCCAGUUCAGACUUGGGUGCUGCUCCCGAAUCCAGUUCAGACUUGGGUGCUGCUCCCGAAUCCAGUUCGGACUUGGGUGCUGCUCCCGAAUCCAGUUCGGACUUGGGUGCUGCUCCCAAAUCCAGUUCGGACUUGGGUGCUGCUCCCGAAUCCAGUUUAGACUCGGGUGCUGCUCCCAAAUCCAGUUCGGACUUGGGUGCUGCUCCCAAAUCCAGUUCGGACUCGGGUGCUGCUCCCAAAUCCACUUCAGACUUGGGUGCUCCUCCCAAAUCCAGUUUAGACUCGGGUGCUCCUCCCAAAUCCAGUUUAGACUCGGGUGCUGCUCCCGAAUCCACUUCAGACUUGGGUGCUCCUCCCGAAUCCAGUUCGGACUCGGGUGCUGCUCCUGAAUCCAGUUCGGACUCAGAUGCUGCUCCCAAAUCCAGUUCAGACUUGGGUGCUGCUCCCAAAUCCAGUUCAGACUCGGGUGCUGCUCCCAAAUCCACUUCAGACUUGGGUGCUGCUCCCAAAUCCAGUUUGGACUCAGGUGCUGCUCCCAAAUCCACUUCAGACUUGGGUGCUCCUCCCAAAUCCAGUUUAGACUUGGGUGCUGCUCCCGAAUCCAGUUCGGACUCAGGUGCUGCUCCCAAAUCUAGUUCAGACUUGGGUGCUCCUCCCAAAUCCAGAUCAGACUUGGGUGCUGCUCCCAAAUCCAGUUCAGACUUGUGUGCUGCUCCCAAAUCCAGUUCAGACUCGGGUGCUGCUCCCAAAUCCAGUUCGGACUCGGGUGCUGCUCCCAAAUCCAGUUCAGACCCGGGUGCGUUUCCCACAUCCAGUUUUGCCCUCGAGCCGCAGACUCGGCCUCUCCCCCCAGUUCAGUUUUGCAGCUUCUCCAGUUGCAAAAGGCGAGUUCUCUCCCGCUCUCGCCCAUCGGGUUCCAAGCGAACAGCUGCAGCGAAACUGAAACAUCAGGAAUCCUUAACACUUGGAACUGAAAUGGUUUGUAUGUCGUACUGUUUCUUAAUACGUGGGCACAGGUCGUUUUAAGAUUUGCACUGCGAUUUGUGACUUAAAUAAAUGCAAUUGCGACGUGUCACACUCACUGUCCUAAAAACAAGGUUGUAAAAUUUUAGCCCUAUCUGCAAUUUUUCUUUAAUUUCUGUCGACCAUCGUCACGUUCAGACUACAGCAUUAUGUAAUUAUGUAUAAAGUUUUUAUUUAUUUAAAAUUAGCUUAGAUAUUCAUUUUUCAAUUUAACAUCGGGCUGGACGGUGUUCCAUUAACUCAUCGAUUGUGUUUCCUUUGUCUUGUGUUAAUAAAUAUUGAUGCCUGA